AUGGCCGCUACAAACAGCAAAAUGGCCGCUGGGCUGGAGGCCAGCGAGGCCGAGCAACAUUGGCUUGAAGCCAAGAAAACCAUACACUCCAUGGUCAAAAAGCUGGAGCAGAUUGAUAAAGACGAGGCCGGAAGCAAGAAGCUCCUUGCCGAGCUCGAAUCCGUCGAGCAUAUGCUGGAAAGCCUCCGUCUUGCGUGCAUGGCUACGACCUUUACGGACUUUAAAUUUUCUCACAACAACCGCGUGCUCGACCGGCUGUGGCACGUCCAUACUCUUAUCAGCACCGAGUACAAAAAGGGUCUGCAGCGCCACCGCGGCCAAGGUCAGAUUGUGCAAUUUCGCACCAUCGAGAAGCAGUACGCCAAACACCUCAAGACCGCCCAGUACUUUUACAAGGGCUUCAUCGAACGGCUUUCUGCCCGCUACCGUCUGCGGUCGCUCCAGCGCGUCGCCCAUGCGAUGCAGUCGGGCAACCUCAAAAUCAGCGACGUGAUUGACGCUGACGAGGCCCAUCUAAGCGACGAACUGACCAUGGCCUGCUACCGCACGGUACUGCAUAUGGGCGACAUUGCGCGGUACCGUCUCAACGCAUCUCGCCAAAAGGGCCACAGCCCGGAUGUGGCCAUGACGUAUUACGCACUAGCUCAGGAUCUCAUGCCGCAGGAAGGCGAUGCCCACCACCAGAUGGCCGUUGUGCUCGCCGAGCAGCGCCGUGACUUUGAUGUUGUCUAUCACUUUCUGCGUUCCUGGUCCGUGCAGAAGCCUUUUCCACUGGCCCCAAAAAACCUGGCAUCAGAGUUUAAGAAGCUUUUGCAGCCGCCCUCCAACUCUCGCAAGACAGGUAAUGCACCCCCGGACGCUCACGAUCUCUUCGGCACCUGGCUCGUGCGCCUCCACGCCAACUAUUUUAAGGGAGAGGAGUUCUCCUCACAGGGCGAGCUAGAACGGGAGGUCCUGCAUCGUUGGGAGGCACUGCUAAGGCAGUCGGCGCAGCCUGCCUACCUGCAAAAGGCCGUGCUCAUGAACAUUGCGGCAUACGACAUUGCCCUGAAGAGAGUGCAGUAUGAAUGGACAGCAGCAAUACGCACUAUCCUCGUCCUCAGUCGGGUUCUUGAGACAGAAACACAACGUUUCUUUGAGGAGACUGCGUUAGAAGACGAGCCAGAGGCUGUACCGACACCUGCCACGCCUGCAUCUGCCAAGAAAACAUCGCCUACACCCGCCGAAAAGGGCGACAGAAAUGACAGGAACUCCAGACACAACGGCCGCAAUCGGGGUGGCAACAGCAACAACAACAACAACAACAACAACAACAACAACAACACCAAUGCCAAGAAGCCCACGGAUACCGACUUCCAGAAACAGUCCGUAUCCGACACGUGCCUAUCACUCUUCCGUGUCUGCGUGGCAUGGAUUGCCACCAAUUACGAGGAUCUCGUCAAAUUCGAAGGGCACCUCACUCCCUAUAUCGCAGACAUGCAUCGGUCCGUGACCCGGUGCCUGAAUCUUUUUGUCGAGCUCAUCACCAAAACGGAGGCGUCACCCACAGCAUACCUCCUCCCCGAAGACGUUGAAGUCAUCGGCCUCGCGACCCUCGACGGCUGGACCGCACUCCGGGAAGGCGAUGCCAACAGUUCAUUCAAGCCGCGCUUUGACGAGGAGGGUGUCGAGCGUAAGAGCAGCACGUACGAAACGAUGGCCCGUAUCUAUGACGUCGUCGAGUGCACGGUGCGUCUCAUCGGUGACCCUUCGUUCCCGUGGGUUAUCGAAAAUGUACAGGAAGAUGGCCGCAACGUGACCAAGAUCUCUUACUCUGAAGAUCGUACGUCAGCACCCGCGCCUGCGAUUCCCCUCAUGUCGAUCCCAGCCACUGCCCCUAUGGCGUCUGCCUCGUAUGCGGCUGCUUCAGCUACCCCCAGCUCUGCCAGUCCAGCACCUGCUAUAAUGCGGCAGGCGCCGUCUUCAGAUCGCAGCCGCGAGCCACGCAAUCGGGGCCAAAGACCUGCCGAAGUCACUCAAUCUGUACCUGCCGAGGCAGCCCCUGUUGCCACUGCUGCGCAAUUCAGACAGCCCACGAUCAGCUUACCAAAUAAUGGUCCUGUCAAUGUUUCUCACCCGGCUGACUCGCGUCCCAUGCCCCCUCCUCGGCGUGUGAGCUACAAGGACAUGGAUGACGACGACUUCCUGCCAGGGUCCAUGAAAGAGCCUCCUUUUAUGCCACUAAACAGAAUCGCAGCCGCCCCGAUUGGCGCCGGUCAUGACCCCACCACCACUACGACCGACUCGGAGCUCGAUUUCCUUGAAUCGGCCGCCUACAGCCGCGUCGCCAACUUCUUGACCCCACCUGAGCUGAAUCCCCAGCCGCCACAGGUGGCUGCGCCUCACAACAUGUCGCCGUCGUCGCCGUCGUUCGGCAUGCACUCAUCCACCGUCGACGACGUCUUUGGUCAACUGCAAACACCCAGCAUGCCCAACGCAUCCAGCUCCUUGUCGCCCGCCGCUAAGCCGAUUCCGAGCUCACCUUGGGCCGGCAGCAGCUACAUGCACUCACUUGGGUACUACCCUCAACAGCAGCAGCAGCAGCAACAACAACAACAACAACAACAACAACAACAACAACAACAACAACAACAACAGAUGACGUAUAGCAUGUCCAACAUGGACCGCCAGCCGACGAGCAUUGAAGACCAACUGGCAUACUUGACCCUCGCCAAGGAGCAAGAACGCCAGAUGACAACGGCUGCCGCGGCUGCUUCGGCCGCUGGUGUACAGAUGCAGACAUCCUCGUCAUCGUACGGUAUAGAUAGUUCCCGUGGUUUUCCCAGCGCUCUGUCUCCCGUCGGCGCAGCCAAGCAGCAGCAUCACAGCCCGAACGGUGGCGGCCCGGCUGGGUUUCCCAAUCCAUGGGCGACUACUGGUGGCGGCGGCGCGAUCGGCGGCAAUCCCAACGGCUCGCGUCUGCGUCCUCAACAGCUUCAGCAGGCCCAGGCGGCAUCGCUCGGUGUUGGAGGGGCCGUCGGCGCCGUCGGCGCCAUCGGCAUGGGCAUGGGCCUGGGCGGCAUGAGCAAUCAGCCGGCUCCUGGCUCCUCUCCGGCCAUGCUGUACUCAAGCAACUUUAGCAUGAAUAACAGCAUGCCGUCGGUGCAGAGUUCGCAUGCUCCUGGUGGAGGCAGUGGCGUCUUUGAUAGCUCGUACGAGUCCAUCUACGGCUCCCGCGGAACCGAUAACGACUACCAGAUGCAGCAACAACAGCAGCUGCAACAGCUGCAUAUCCUUCAACAGUAUCAUCAGCAGCAGCAGCAGCAGCAGCAGCAGUUGGCUGCGUACGGCGGCUACGGGGAUUUCAAUGUUGCCGAUGACAGGAUCAUCGGCAGCGGCAGUAGUGCCGCGAUUGCGUCUCCCUCGUCCAACGCGAUGUGGCAGGAUGCAGCCACCGCCUGGGGCCGUGGCAUGCCACUCGGCAAGGACGACCCGACGCAUUUCCGCAAUACGAUGCGGCAGUCGGGCCUCAUGGAGGACACGAAUGCGUACGAUCGCAAUGCGCUGCUGAGCGCCCUGGACGAGGAGGCCGACUCAGCCCAGCCGCGGUGA